AUGCUGUCUCUUUCGUUCGCUGCAGCCGCUCUUGCUACGCUUUUUACCACCGCCCAGGCUCAGGCCCCUGCAUUCAACCCCGACGAUAUCCCCAUCGGCACUAGACAACAAUGGUGCACCUCUCAAAUUUCCUCCUGCCCUCUGAUCUGCCUUCAAGAAGAUGCCGAAACCGCAGCCACUGAGGCCAAUACAUGUGACACUGCGAGUCUGACCUACAAUUGCGUGUGCGAUAACGGCCUGAGCCCCAAUGCCUCGGAAUACUCUCAAACCCUGCCAUACUUCAUCUGCACACAAAACAACAAUAUCUGUGUGGACAACUGUGCUGGCAGUUCCUCUUGUGCCUCAUCUUGCCGUGAGGACCACCCCUGUGGAGCUCAGAAUCCCACCAGGGUCAAUACCAGCACCAUCAGCACCAUGUCAGCUACCGGCACCAAUGGUGCAGCUUCUGCCACUGGCUCAGACGCUGUUUACACAGGCUUUGGCGGUGGCAGCGCGGAAACGAGCUCUGCUGAUAGCUCCAACUCCGACUCUGCUGCUACGCGUAUGGUUAUCAACGCUGGUGAGAUGUACGGUCUUGCUGUCAUCGCUGCUGGCGUCUUCACUGGCUUUACUUUCUUCCUCUAA